ACAUGGUACAUGGUUGUUGUGAAUAGCCUUGUACCAUGUGACCUCUGUGAUCAUUCACAGAUUUCACACGUAGUAAGCAAUGAUGUCAGAAGUGACCACUGAUUGGCCAAUCAGUGAUCACAUGAUCGGGACCUCACACAGAGGUCCCGUACAGCGAUCGGUGUUCCGGAUCACGGACAGGCUAAAAUGGCGGGCGCCAUUUAUGAACGGCAACCUGCUCCUGCACUGCUCCCAUCCGUCCGUUUAUAUACAUGGGCCGGAUGAGAAGUGGUUA